AUGAACUUGAUCUAUGGCAGCUUUUGCUCAAGAUCUACCUUUCAUUGCAGGCCCUUUCUGGCAGCCAUGAGAAUAUGGCUGCUCUGUGUGUAUUUCACCAGCUUUGCUUGGGCUGCCAACCUGCAGAAGUGCAGUGGCACGGGCCCUCUUCGGAGCUCCGUGCCUGUGUGCUACUUUGGCGAGACGUCCGGGGAGGCGGUGCUGGUCAAAAUCCUCAGCUUCGACUCACUGGAGCACGCUGGGCAGAUGGAGCUUCGGGCCGCUGGGGCGUCGAAGGUGGCUUGUGAGAGCACCUUCACUCAGGAGGGCCAAGCCAUCCAGGUCCGCCAGCUGUGCCUACCCAGCUCCGUGAGCGCGGUCAAUGUGAGCUAUUGUUCCGACCAGGAUGCCCUGCGCUUGGAUGCCUCGGUGGAGGGGGACCUGGUGGAGAUGAGCCUUCGGCUUUUGCCCAACUGCCAGCCCUUGAUGAGACGAUCUCCACCUGCCCGCUGA